UAGCCCCGCUGGCCGCUGCCCCGCAAUCCGCAGUCCGCACGGAGAGGAAAACCACACCGAAAUUGAUCUCCACCAAAUCCUCCCCACCGAAUGGCGGCAACGCCCGAUCGCUGAUGAAAUGGCGCCGCGUCGCCCUCUCAAGAAGCGCCGGAUUCGUGAUGCCACGGCCGUGCCGGCGGCGGCGGCGUCCGACGCCCUGCUCUCUCUGCCCCCGGAGGUACUCGACGAGAUCCUCACCCGCCUUGACCUCCGCGACGCCGUCCGCACCUGCGCGCUCUGCCGCGCCUGGCGUCGCCGCUGGGAGUCGCUCCCCUUCAUCGACAUCUACACCCGCAUCGGCCAGCAGUCGCUCUGGACCGUCGACUGCGUCCUCCCCCGCUGCUCCGGCCGUGUUCGGCGCUUCGACGUCUCCCUCGACGAGCUCUCUGCCCGCCGCCUAGACGAUUGGCUCCUCGUCCUCUCCCGCCGCGGCGGCGUAGAGGAUCUCGAACUCAGUCCUCCGUUCCCCUAUAACUUCUUCACCGUUCAUUCCACCGUCUUCUCUUGGCGCCGCCUCGUCUCCAUCGACCUCUUCGCAUGCGACAUACCGCCGCUACCACCGGACUUCGAGGGGUUUCCGAACCUUAAAGUGCUAAGCCUUGCCAUUGUGAGGUUACAUCAGAACGGGGAGUACCAACUGGAGGAGAUCAUUGAGACAUCCCCAUUACUCGAGCAGCUGAUACUAUGCGAAGUCUGCAUAGUUGGGGGCGACUUCAUAGAAUGGGAAAUCCGGGCAACCAAUCUGCGCCACAUAACAAUUUGCUCAAAUAUCGAUUAUGGCUGGAAUUUUGCAGAGCUGCAAUGCCUGAACUCCGCUGUCAUUGAUUUGUGGGAGUAUGUUGGUGAACGAGAUUUCGCCAAGUUUCUUGCUGGGCUUGUUCAAGUUAGGAAGCUUAGGCUCUGCUCGUUUUAUGCACCGGUAAAUGGGAUUAAGAUACUGGACACACUUCCAUGCACCUUUGACAAGUUGAAGAGCUUGAAACUGUUCAUGCACUUCUGUGAACUGCCCCCCAUUUUGUUAGUGUUUUGCUUCCUAAGGAGCGCUCGGAACCUUGAAAAACUUAAAAUACGGAUUUAUGAUGGCAAAGAGCAGAAAAUAGAGGCAAAUGGGGAGUUACUAAAUGCACAGUGGACUGAUGGCAUGUGUGCCAAUCUUCAGAUUCUGGAGAUGACCGGUAUCAAUUGGCUUCCAAAUGAAAUGUAUUUUAUGAAGCUUAUUCUCUCUAAAGCUAAGCUUCUUCACAAAUUAUCCAUUAGUCAUGACGAUGAUUGCUCACUAUCUCAUGUGGAUCCACUGAAUGAGUUAGUAACAUGCGGAAGAGCCUCAGCUCAAGCUCAGAUUCUGUUUCAAGGUGCGGCAGGAAGCUAUUAGAUAUAUAGGGAGCAUCUUCUGAGCAUACUAUGUGUGAAAUUGGUUCACUUGAAUGAGGUGCCGGUGGUCCUAUAUUUUGUUUAAAUGGGUGUUUUGAGGCCAGAAUUUCGGAUAGGAAAGACAAAAGAUGGCUUAUCCAAGUAGUAGUUUUUGUCUUCUAUUUCAGAAAGGAGUUGACGCUCUAUCAGUAGUUUGCUACGGAUUUACACAUGUUUUGUGUGAGAUUGCAGACAGUUUUCUGCAUUGGAAGCAGUAAUAUAAUCUUACAGACUUGGCCUAAGUAGGCGAGGUAUGGUUAUCCUGUUGUUUAGUUGAGCGCCAGAAUGUUUUUGCCAGCCGCGUGUGGGGUAGUCUGUAUGCGAGCACAUUACCAUUUCUUAAUCCUGAAAUAGUUAGUACAGUA